AUGUCCAAUGACACAGCAGAUCACCAACUUGAGGAAUGUACUGCCGAUAGCCGGCAAUUGUCAAAGAGCAAAUCGGCACUGAUGAUCAGUGCCCUGCAUUGCUGCCCAGCAGUGCCUCCCACAAAUGUCCAGCAGUGCCUCCCACCAGUGCCCAUCAGUGCCACUCAUCAGUGCUGCCUACCAGUGCCCAGCAGUGCUGUUAGUCAGUGCUGUCAGUCAGUGCCACCUGUCAGCACUACCCAUCAGUGUCGAUCAUCAGUGCCACCUAUCAGUGCCCAUCAUUGUUGCAUAUCAGUGCAGCAUCAUCAGUGCCUCCUCAUCAAUGCCCACCAGUGCUGCCUCAUCAGUGCCACCUCUUCAGUGCAGCCUAUCAGUGCCCAUCAG